UCCACUUCUCUUCCGCCCAUACUUCUGCCAUCGUAGCAAGCCGCUGACCGCGAUAGAAGUUGACAGAAUAUUUACACCAGAUUUUUCAGAAGAUGGUUGUCGAAGACGUGAAAGGGAGGAGCUCGUUAUAAUGCAUUGGCGUGACUAUCUACAAGAGUGCGAAGCAAACUGCUUUGCCAAUGUUUCAGAGCCUCUUGUAUCUUUGCCGAUGAUUAUGAUUUUUGCAACUGGGUUGGAGGAAGAGCCUCCCUUAGGAUUUCAUGACAAACCAACUAUUUGUUUCUGGGAAGAUGUUCGUCCCAAAAGCAACACCUGCGCUCACAUUUUGUAUUUGCCACUUCAUAAUGAUAAAGAUGAUCUUAGUUAUGAAGAAUUUCAAGAAAUGAUGAACGAUGGGAUUCUGAACUCACCUACAUUUGGUGCUCCAUAGACAUGCAUGUAUAAGAAAGCUGUUGAAGUUAGAGUCUAAGCAAUAGUUGUGUUGAUUUAAUUUACGAUUUGGUAAUGAUGUAAAACAACGUAUUUCUAA